AUGACUCGGCGGCCGAGGAACAGUGUUUACAGUAGCGAGGAGGACGAAGAGGACGCCGAGACGUACGACCACGAUUACGAAGGCUCGCUGGCGAAACCCGGAAAGCGGCACCUUGGGAAAACACGCUGGACGCGAGAGGAGGAUGAGAAACUGAAGAAACUGGUGGAGCUUCACGGAUCCGACGACUGGAAACUCAUCGCAAAUUUACUACCUAAUCGUACUGAUGUGCAGUGCCAGCACAGGUGGCAGAAGGUUCUCAACCCAGAACUUAUCAAAGGGCCUUGGACCAAAGAGGAAGACCAGCGGGUGAUCGAGCUGGUGCAGAAGUACGGCGCCAAGCGCUGGUCGGUCAUCGCCAAACACCUGAAGGGGCGCAUCGGCAAGCAGUGCCGCGAGCGCUGGCACAACCACCUCAAUCCGGAGGUGAAGAAGACGUCCUGGACCGAGGAGGAGGAUCGGAUCAUCUACCAGGCGCACGAGAAGCUCGGGAACCGAUGGGCCGAGAUUGCUAAGCAGCUACCUGGCAGAACCGACAACGCUAUCAAGAACCACUGGAAUUCCACCAUGCGGCGGAAGGUGGAGCAGGAGGGCUACCUGCAGAGCGCCGCCAAAUGCGCCGGCUCGCCGCUGUCGUUGGGUCACGGCUACGGCAAGCCCGCCGGCCACAUUUUGGCCUUUCCGCACCACUCACCGGCACCCGCGUCGCCGCUACACUAUGCAUCCUAUAUGGCCGACACGCAACGGGUCCCUUUCCCCGUGGCUUUGCACCUGAACAUCCUAAGCAUCCCGCAGCAUGGAACCGCCGCCAUACAGAGACACUAUAGCGAGGAGGACCCCGAGAAGGAGAAGCGAGUGAAAGAGAUCGAACUGCUGCUCAUGUCCACCGAGAACGAAUUGCGAGGCCAGCCGUCGCUACCGAUCAACUCGCCGUAUCCCAGCUGGGCCUCCCACGGCUCGUCCUCGCACACUUCGGACUCGGUGCCGGAUCACCGGGCGGCCGCGCCGUUGGAUCGGAGCUGCCUCCCUGAGGAGAGCGUGUCGGCUUCCAGGGCACACGGCGGCGCCAUGCCGGAAUUCAUGGAGUCGGUCAUUGACUCAUUGCUCAACCAAUCAAUGAGUCCGGAGCACUCAGACAGCGACCGUCUACCAAUGAGCGCACCCGUAGACGGCAAGUCUCCAAAGGAGAACGACAUCUUCCGAAGUCCAAACAUCGGCCGAACCGUCCUGGAAUCAUCUCCGACGUCGUUCAGAUCCUCCUUGGUCCCGCUCAAGCUGCUGGUGAGCGAGAAAUUGCCUUCUCUAGAUCAGCAGAUGGUGGAUUCUAUUAAGCAGGAGCCAAUGGAGUGCCCCAUCGAGCACCCGCCUUUGAAAAAGAUCAAACAAGAGGUGGAGUCACCGUGUGAAAGGAGUCCAUAUAUGCAGUGGGAAGGCCAAGAGCUCUUCUCACCAAACGCUCAUGCCCAGGAAGUACCGGACUUGUUGACAAGCUCGUUGCUAAGCGAAGAUGGACACAAAAUGUACCUGCUCCCGCACAGGACAAAUGACAGUCAACUACUGCCGCUGAACACGUGGGAGCACUGUGGGAAAAUGGAGGAAGGCGUCACGGCGUGCGAGCAGAACCACAUCAAGUACGCCAACGCCUUCCCCGCCAGGACGCUGGUGGCGUAA